UAGGAAACCGGAAGGGGAAGUCGUUGCCGCCGCCACGGACGCCGCAAUGCAGAGGGAGGAGAAGCAGCUCGAGUCAUCAUUAGAUGCACUGCUGAGUCAAGUGGCUGACCUGAAGAACUCACUGGGGAGUUUCAUUUACAAGUUGGAGAACGAGUAUGACCGGCUGACCUGGCCCUCUGUUCUGGACAGCUUUGCCUUGCUCUCUGGACAGUUGAAUACUUUGAACAAGGUCUUGAAGCACGAAAAGACACCACUCUUCCGUAACCAGGUCAUCAUCCCUCUGGUGCUGUCCCCAGACCGAGAUGAGGAUCUCAUGCGGCAGACUGAAGGACGAGUACCUGUUUUCAGCCACGAGGUGGUCCCUGACCAUCUGAGAACCAAGCCUGACCCUGAAGUUGAAGAGCAAGAGAAGCAACUAACAACAGAUGCUGCCCGCAUUGGUGCUGAUGUAGCUCAGAAGCAGAUCCAGAGCUUGAAUAAAAUGUGCUCAAACCUCCUGGAGAAAAUCAGCAAAGAGGAGCGGGAAUCAGAGAGCGGAGGUCUCCGGCCAAACAAGCAGACCUUUAACCCUACAGACACCAAUGCCUUAGUAGCAGCCGUGGCCUUUGGGAAAGGGCUGUCUAACUGGAGACCUUCGGGCAGCAGUGGCCCUGGGCAGCCAGGCCAGCCAGGGGCUGGGACGAUCCUCGCAGGAGCCUCAGGAUUACAGCAGGUGCAGAUGGCGGGAGCUCCAAGCCAGCAGCAGCCAUUGCUCAGUGGGGUGCAGAUGGCCCAAGCAGGUCAAACAGGAAAAAUGCCAAGUGGAAUAAAAACCAACAUCAAGUCCGCUUCAAUGCAUCCGUACCAGCGGUGAGUGUGGCCGGCAAUCCCCACUCCCAGGUUCCCCUUGCAGAGCUGGGCAGUGAAAUUGCCUUUUGCCCAAAGCUGAACCAGAUGUGUCUGAUAAAGAGAACAUGGGCUUUCAGCACCAGACAAA